AUGUCAAUAUUCCAGGAAGACGGGCCCGAGACUCCAGGGAGUCAAACGUACAUUAUCCCUCACACCGACCACCCUCAGAUCUACUCGUUAUGGGACGCUCACAUCGUCGCGUACGAUGUGACUGAGAAGCUGGAUAUCGCAAACAAAGUCCUUGUUCCUUUCACUACCUACACGUAUAUUCAAGUAGAAGAGAAAUUGGUUGUCACAACCGAUCUCAGGGAGUACAGCUUCGCCUACAUCUUCCCCGAUACCGACUCUCUAUUUCACGGGAACAGAAGAUUACGUCUAGCUGGCUGCACGCUCGUCUCACGCGAUACGUACGCGAACGAGCGUCCCCUGAGAGCCGUCGAAUGGCGUUUCAUCAAAUCAUUCGGAACAGACACAAAAACUUUCACCCUCGGCUCCAGAAGCAUGAAGAUUGGAACAGCCAUCAGCUGGUACGACGCGGCUUUCGCCGCAGAGACCAGAGAUCUAAAUAGCUCAUUAGGACUCCGCCUGAACCCAAUCCACAUCUACCCCGGGUCUCGCAUGAAGACUGUCGAGGCCGUACUCGUCCCAUCGCAGACACGAGACGCCACAGAUCCGAAUAAACCCCUCUUUACCAUUCCCUGCGCUGCCUACCGAUACAAUGCAACCUUCAGGCGGCUACAGAUCUACUUCGACCAGGAAGACACGACCGUAACCCACAACGGGCAAGAUAUAAAUAUCAACCGGCCCGAUCCCUCCUUGGCGCGUUACCUGGACUACGAGGUCGCAGUUCCACGUGUCCAGGAGAUUGUGCUGGCGUUUGAGGAUGGAGAAUCCACAGUCACGCGCCGUGGACGCAUUAGUGACUUUGGAGACGAGGAGGGUGGGUACGCGGCUCUUGGAGGUCUUCCAUGGACAAUUACAGUCAGAAGACUGAUAGAAGCUAUCGCAGCGCUCAAAGCGGCACAUAAGAGCAGAAUGGAGCAUAACUGA